UCCCCGGCUAUAGGAGCCUUGCGUCUGUCCGACUCGCCCACACCAUACACCGACCCCCUGACGUCGGCAAACCCCGCCUCCGGGAACGUCACUCUAGUCCCGCCCCCCAGAACACGUCACUGGUCCCUGACUGUGCUCGCUAGGUGCCGCCCGGUGUCUCCCGGUGUGUCACCUCCGCCCGGUGCCUCACCAUGGCGGCCAGCGCCAAGCGGAAGCAGGAGGAGAAGCACCUGAAGCUGCUGCGGGAGAUGACCAGCCUCCCCCACAACCGCAAGUGCUUCGACUGCGACCAGCGCGGCCCGACCUACGCCAACAUGACGGCGGGGGCCUUCGUCUGCACGUCCUGCUCCGGCAUCCUGCGCGGUUUGAACCCACCCCACAGAGUGAAGUCUAUCUCUAUGACCACGUUUACACAGCAAGAAAUAGAAUUCCUUCAGAAGCAUGGAAAUGAUGUUUGCAAACAGAUUUGGCUAGGUUUAUUUGAUGAUAGGUCAUCUGCAAUUCCAGACUUUAGAGAUCCACAGAAAGUGAAAGAAUUCCUUCAAGAAAAAUAUGAGAAGAAGCGAUGGUAUGUUCCACCAGAACAAGCCAGGGUGGUGGCCUCUGUACACGCCUCUAUAUCUGGAUCUUCUGCAAGUAGCGCUAGCAGUACACCAGAAGUCAAACCAUUGAAAACUCUUCUGGGGGAAUCUGCACCCUCUCUACAGAUAAACAAGGGGACCCCUAGCCAGUCUCCUGUUGUGGGUCGCAACCAGGUGCCCCAGCAGCAACAUCAUCAUCAUCAUCAUCAUGAGAAGAAACAGUUUGACCUGCUGAGUGACCUUGGAGCAGACAUCUUUGCCACCCCUGCGCCCCAGCAAGCUGCCACGGCUAACUUUGCCAAUUUUGCUAAUUUUAACAGUCAUACAGCUCACAAUUCUGCCCAUGCAGAUUUUGCAAACUUUGAUGCAUUCGGACAGUCUAAUAGCACGGGUAGUUUCGGAGCAUUCCCCCAAUCAAGUCAGACACCCACCCAGCCCUUAAAUACAGCGUUCAGAACGCUCUCAACCAGCUGUAGUGUUGGCGACUUUACGUCUGCUUUCUGUCUGCAGGCACCCUACCGUACAAACGCUAAUGCAAACUUUGCUCAAUUUGACAACUUUCCCAAGUCCUCCAGCGCCGACUUUGGAGCCUUCAAUUCAACUGGAGCCAGUAAAACUGCUGCUGUUAGUAAACCCAGCCAGACUUCAGCAGAUAAAUAUGCAGCUCUUGCUGACCUAGACAAUAUCUUCAGUAGUGCACAAUGUGGCAGUGGCCAGGGCAGCAGUUUUAACACUGCAUCAGUGUCUGCCACGUCAGGUCCAGCUCCAGCCCCGGCAGACAACAAUGUAUUUGGAAUGCCGUCUGCUGUCCCAUCAGCGCACACACAUCAGACUGCCUCAGUCGCAGGAACUUUUGGAGGUCCUGCUUCAACAAACCCAUUUGUCUCCGCUCCUGUUGUACCUACUGUUAACCCUUUCCAGACAAAUGGACGAGCACCUCCAGGAAUCCGUGAUGGUCAUACCACAAAGAUGGAGUAUCAGAGCGCCCCAUUCCACCCCUUCCACCAGGCCAGACUACCAACAGCCGCAGGAGCAAUGGAUGUCUCGUCUUUUGCCACAGCCUCUCUAAGCAUGCCCGCAGGGUUCGGGACAUCGGCACCAUACAGUCUUCCUACCAGCUUUAGUGGCAGUUUCCAUCAGCCUGCAUUCCCCCCUCAGAUGGCCUUCCCCCAACAGACGGCGUUCUCACAGCAGCCCAAUGGCAAUAUACAAGGAGCUGGUUUUGGUGUGUUUGGUCCAGGGAAGUCUGUGGUUACUCCAUUUGGGCAGGUAGCAGCUCCUGCCGUAUCUAGCAAUCCUUUCAUGGCCGGGGCACCUUCUGGGCAGUUUCCUGCAGGAAGUUCGUCAACGAAUCCUUUCUUAUAGCCUUAGACUAACACAGGAGCUUACCAGGCAUCACCUUACAUGUACUGCCUCUUGCACUGUUUGUCUUGUUUGUUUAACCAGCGUAAGCUUUAAACACAGGGAGUUCUUUUGGAGCCUGCAAUUCUAGGGUUUUUUGUUUUGUAUUUAAACAAAAAAAAGGAACAAAAACAAGGUAAUAUGUGCAAUUGGAAAGCCUUUUCUUUGUCAUUCGACUCCCUUGGUUGCCUAGAGGCUUGUUAGCAAAAUAUUGCAGUGCAGUGUGUUGGCAAACUUUUUGGGCAACCGAAGGGUAACUGAAGGUAUAUUAAAUUUGGUAAGUUAUUGCAGAUUCCAUAUUCAUUUACGCUGCAGUACUGUAUAUAUAUAUUUUUCUUAGGGACUAGGUAAUUAUUCAUAUCAGUAUUUCUAACUCGUAACACGUUAUGCUAUGUGGGAGAGCAGAAACUAAGCGGCCCUAAGUGUCCAUCCUGCUCAAAAAAACUUUCAUAAUUUUAGCAAUCUGGCUUGGAAAUUUAAAUAUUAAUUGAGAAAUUAUGUAUACAUUUUAUUCAUUAAAAUAAAGAAACCCACAGACUUAUUUUGCCCAAUAAAGCUAGCCAUUUCCAUAGGCCUACAAUCUCCAUGAAGACUCAUGUCUGCAUAAUAAAUCUAAUAAUGUUUUGCUACCGUUUGCAGGUGAAAAAUAUUAAAAUAUUAGAAAAACA